GAUAGCCACGCAACAAAGAAACGACGUGGAAGAAGAUGAUCAUGUUGAAAAGCUCCGACGGUGAAUCGUUUGUGGUGGAGGAAGCGGCCGCUCGUCAGUCGAAGAUCAUAUCGUUUCUCGUUGAAGAGUUCCCCGAUCAAGAAUUACCGUUUACGAACCUGACAAGCGAGAUCCUCGGUAAAGUGAUGGAGUACUGCAAGAAGCACGUGGUGGAAGACGACGUCUGUGGUGAUUCUUCUUCUUCCUCCUCCUCCUCCGAUGAUCUCAAGAAGUGGGACGCGAAGUUCGUCGGGGAAAUCGAUCAGCCAAUGCUCAUGGAUCUCAUCAUGGCUGCGAACUACCUACACAUCCCAAGCCUUCUCGAUGUGACUUGCCAGAAAGUUGCUGAUAUGAUCGCUGCAUGCAACGACGAGAAAGAGAUUCGCGCAACGUUCAACAUCGAGAACGAUUUCACGGAAGAGGAAGUGGAAGCGAUUCGCAUGGAGAAUCAAUACCGUAACUAGUUUCUUCUACGUUACGUUCUUUUGUUUGGUGUGUGUGUUUUCGAAUCUCUAGGGAUGAUCACUAUCGUUUUCUUGUUUUGAUUUCUUGUUCAAGAACAACGGUUUAUGCUUUAGAAAUGUAAAAGCAAUUCUUGAUUAUAUGCUAAGCUCUACAAGUAUCUGUACCAAUUUCUUGAUUUUAUUUUAUGACUGAGUAUUCAAUCUUGCUUCUAACUAAAUCU